ACGCAUACUCGCGCCUGCUUCAUCUCUCAUCGUUCUAGCUAUUCCUAUCGAUCAGAAAAUAAAUGAUAUUUGCAUACGGUACGACAGAAUGGCUAGCUAUGGCAAAAUAUUCGGUGCAAAGUAGACGAUCGGCUUGAUUGUCGCUUGCUUUUGCUGCACACAGCGCUUGAUGAACAUAUGUCGAUUGAACUAGCGUUACACAGACCCAGCCUAGACUACUAGGUUGUCUACAGAUUGUUAUUUUUUUCUUUUUAAGAAACGAUUACCAAGACAUUUAUGAAUUUAGGCCUAGGCCUAUAUUCAUCAAAAUUAGGAUUGUUUACAACAACUCCUCAAGAAUAACGGAUACCCAAGAAUAAGUUGGUCCGUGAUCGAAGUAUACGUCUAAGAAUAAUGCCUGAACAAAGUAAUGACUACAGAGUUGCAGUUUUUGGAGCUGGUGGUGUUGGCAAGAGCUCUCUUGUACUAAGGUUUGUUAAAGGCACUUUCCGAGAAAGCUACAUUCCCACUAUUGAAGAUACUUAUCGUCAAGUUAUCAGCUGCAACAAAAAUGUGUGUACCUUACAAAUAACUGAUACAACUGGAUCCCACCAGUUUCCUGCCAUGCAGAGGUUAUCAAUUUCAAAAGGACAUGCUUUUAUUCUUGUGUAUUCUAUCACAAAUAGGCAAUCGUUAGAGGAACUUAAACCAAUAUAUAGCACAAUUACAGAAAUCAAAGGAAAUGAUCUUGAUGGAAUUCCCAUAAUGUUGGUGGGUAAUAAAUGUGAUGACCCUAAAAGAAUGGUUACAGUAAAUGAGGGCUCAAUGCUAGCACGUUCUUGGAAUUGUUCAUUUUUAGAAACUUCAGCCAAGACAAAUUAUAAUGUCAAGGAACUCUUCCAGAAUUUACUUCAGUUGGAAAAAAAACGGACUAUGAGCUUACACUUAGAAACCAAAAAAACCAAGUCACAGAAGCGUCGUGAGAAAUUGAAAGGCAAUUGUACUGUAAUGUAAGAUGAUAAAGUACACACAUUCACCUUCAUUAAUAAUACCCACACGCACACACACACACAUAACUACAGAUAAUAUAAGAUCAGUUGAUUUGAUGUGGUUCAUAUCUGUAUUAUUUCUUGAGACUGAAAUAGAACGAUAGUUAACCAAAAAGGCGCUUUAACAAUAUUUUGAUAUACAAUUCUUAUAAUGAGUGGUAAAGUGGGUAUUAUUUAAUUUAUUAAACAGUCCAGGGAUUACAUCAGCAACAAUGUGCCAACACAAAUGUGUUCGCAGACCCAUGUAACAUACAACAGAUUACAUAGUAAAAAACUUAAAAUUCAGAUACAACUUCAAAUUAUAAAAAAAAAAGAAUAAAAACCCCUCAUUUGGGGCACCCCAUUAAGGGGACACUUUUUCGACCAUGAAACAAACAUAAGUAUAUCUACAGCCAACCCCUCUUUAGGGGACACUUUUUUGGUCCCAAUGGUGUCUCUUUAACAGGAGUUCUACUGUAGUUUUAUAUUCUUUUUAUAUUUGAAGAGCACAUUCACUACAAAAUGUACUGAUUUUUAAGAAAGGACUGUGGACAGUCAUAUUCAAUAUUCUUGUUGGAAAAUCCUAAUAAUAAUUAUCAACAGUGUAAUAAUCUAUGCGGAUGCUACAAUUCUCAGAUUUACAUUCUGAUUUAGAAACGAGAUAGAUAUCGUUCUGCUAACCUGCUCUGACUUAACAGGGUAUUGGAUUGUGAUUCUUGCUGUAGAGUAAGAUUGAAAUCCUCAUGACUCAAUUGCUAUCAGUUGCUAAUCCAAUACUUCUACAAAAAAUUUCUAUUAAUCAAAAUAGCAUCCCUCAGCUGGAUGAACUUAAUACAUAACUUAGAAUUAGAUUGCAGGGACUUGACAUCAUUACUGAGCUGGAGGAAUCACAUUGAGGUGUUAGCAAUAAACCUAUUAUGUUUAUGCUGACAUACAAAAGUGUUGUCUUUUCCAAUUAUUUUAUUUCUUACUGCAGCUAUGUGUCACCCUUAAUAAAAAAAUUCCUCACACAGCCUUACGUUUUGUCAUCCACUCCAACUUAAUAUUAAAUGUUAUCUACAGUAUUAUGUAAACACUUUCCUAAAACGGUUUCUAGUGUGUUGUUUUGGUGAAUAUAAAAAAAUAUAAAAAUGAAUCAAGUUGUCAAAAUACGGAAUAUUGUUUUGCACGUCGGGUAUUCUAUUGUGUACAAACAGUUAAGUACUGUACAUAAAAGGUUCACAGUUGAUAAAGGAUGGGCUUGCCUGGAAUAAUUUGUCCUACUCUAGAUACCUAAAGUUUUUAUUUCAGGUUUCUGCUAACUUGUAGCUCUACCAGGAUUUAGCCUGCAUAUCAUUUAGCAUGUUGUGUUUGUUUAUUUUGCCUUAUGGUAUUGCGGUAUACAGUAAAUGUUUUCAUUUCGUUGAAGGGCUGCGCUUGAUAUGAUUAUAACAUCUUGCUACUAUUUGAGCACUGUUAUUAUUUAUCCAUCUGUUCCUAAUGUG